UGACAUCAGCGCUAGUCUGUAGCGCAGCUCAGUUCGGCUCUGAAUUCACAUUUGUGUCGGACUGCGGGGCUAUUCUGUCUCGCCCCAGUAUCAAAGGAAUGUUUGAACUCACGGACACAUCGCUCUUAAAGCUGCUUACUUUUUCCCGCUUCAUGCUUUUGGAAGUGUAGACGGAGAGCUCCGUUUUAUCAUCCAUUUUACUUUACUGGAUAUAUUUGUUAUCGACUGCAUACAAAGCAGGAUUUAACUUUUUAUUUCUUUAUUAUUCCCUGAGACGGACCAAGGGUGAAACAGAGGAAGCCAAUUAUUUCUUCAGAAUGACAACAGUGAAGCACAUGGCCUGUGGAUUUCUUUGCCUUUGGAAAAUAGGAAGUUAAAAAAAUAAAUCCUGGUGGCAAGGAUUUCAACCUGCGAUUAGCUUGUGGGGGAAUACAAGUGUCUGCAGUUUGUCUGUAAAACGAACUAUUCCAUUUACCAAUAGUAAUAAAUUUUGGAUCUUUCCCGGUGGAUAACUGAGACCAAACUUAUCUGGAAAGGACAACAGCAGUGAAGCCUCGGGAACAUGAAAGGUUACCCUGAGGGGAAGCUGAAGAUGCUACUUUUAUCAGUUAUGGUUCACAAGAGAGCUUUGAAGAGUUACAAAUGGUCUAGUUUGUGCUACGGCUGUUAGCGAUUACAAAGAAAGCAGCCUGUUCACACAGGCUUUUUAAUUUUAACUGAUUUGCCACCUCCUUUUUUUAAUUUCAGUACAAAAACCAGUUUUUGUCCAUUUAUCUGCUAUGGUUAAACCUUUGUUGGAAUGAUUACUAAAAUUUGCAGGAAAAGCCAGCAGGUCAGCAGUAUCACAGUGCAAACACUGGGAGGACGAAAGACGACCAAAGAGACUAGAUCUUAUCAGGUCGCAGCUGAAAGGCAGGAUCUCAACAGCCUCCACGCUGCUGCUGAUAGGAUUUCAGCAAGCAUUGGAUUUAUCCUGGACUUUAAAUCAGGGUACUGAGGAUCAGCCAGCUGCUCUCCAUAAUAAAAUGUCACGAUUAAGAAUGUUCUGUAAGUAUCUGAGCCUUCUUGUCAUUUGGCCCCAAAUUGGAUUACAUCUUAGCUUAGCGGGACAAUUUGGUAAUGUGGCAGCCUGCCCGCUGUCAUGCCGCUGUGAUGGAACAUUUAUUUACUGCAAUGACCGGGGUCUUACAUCCAUUCCCACUGGCAUUCCGGAGGAUGCUACAACACUGUAUCUACAAAAUAACCGGAUAAACAAUGCUGGCAUUCCUACUGGAUUGCGUAAACUAAACAAGGUAGAAAGAAUUUAUCUCUAUUGCAACAACCUGGACGAGUUUCCCACCAACUUGCCAAAGUAUGUCAAGGAGCUCCACUUGCAGGAAAACAAUGUAAGGACUAUCACCCAUGACUCUCUGGCUCAGAUUCCAUUCCUGGAGGAGCUGCACUUGGAUGAUAAUUCCGUCUCGGCUGUCAGUAUAGAGGAGGGAGCAUUUCGUGACAGCAACCACCUAAGACUUUUGUUCCUCUCUCGCAAUCACCUCAGCACUAUACCCAUUGGCCUCCCAAAAACUAUUGAAGAGCUACGGUUUGACGAUAAUCGGAUAUCUUCCAUUUCUGAGUUAUCCUUGCAGGAUCUUACAAAUCUGAAACGUCUGGUUUUAGACGGAAACCUUUUAAACAAUAAUGGGAUUGGAGAGAUGGCAUUUGCAAAGUUAGUAAAUCUGACUGAGCUCUCACUGGUACGCAAUUCGCUUUCUGCACCGCCAAAGAACCUGCCAGGCUUCAACCUCCAGAAGCUGCAGCUGCAGGAAAACCACAUCAAUCGGAUACCUGCAAAUGCUUUUUCUUAUCUCAGGCAGCUGUACCGACUGGAUUUGUCUGGUAACAAUCUGAGCAGUUUGCCCAUGGGAGUCUUUGAUGACUUGGAGAAUCUGACUCAGUUAUUACUUCGCAACAACCCCUGGUAUUGCGGCUGCAGACUCAAGUGGGUGCGGGAUUGGCUUCGUACUCUUCCAAACAAAGUCAACGUGCGUGGCUUGAUGUGCCAGGCACCAGAAAAAGUCAAAGGAAUGGCUAUCAAGGACCUUGCCACAGACCUUUUUGAUUGUAGAGACACAGACAUCCUUCCAACAGUUCUGAGCAUGACUGUUUCAAACACAUUACCGCCUUCCAGAGAACAGUGGCCUCCCUCUGUGACCAGAAGACCCGUGGUUAAGGGGCCAGACUUGAGCAAAAACUAUCGGACCACAAGUUUUCCAAGUCGAAAAAUUAUUACAAUAAACGUGAAAUCUAUCAGUGCUGAGAACGUCCACAUUUCAUGGAAAGUUGCGCAACCUAUGACAGCUUUACGGCUCAGUUGGCUGAAAAUGGGCCACAGUCCAGCUUUUGGAUCCAUUACUGAGACCAUUGUACAAGGUGACAGGACCGAGUAUUUGCUGACAGCUCUGGAACCAGAGUCAUCUUACAGGAUAUGCAUGGUUCCCAUGGAAACCAAUAAUUUAUACCUGUCGGAUGAAACCCCAGUCUGCAUUGAAACCGAGACUGGCUCAGUAAAAACAUAUAACCCUACUACAACUCUCAACAGAGAACAAGAGAAGGAGCCCUACAAAAAUUCAAGUUUGCCUUUGGCUGCCAUCAUUGGAGGAGCAGUGGCACUCAUUGCCGUUAUAAUUCUUGCCUUAGUGUGCUGGUAUGUCCACCGAAAUAGCUCUUUGUUUUCCAGGAACUGUGGCUACAAUAAGGGCCGCAGGAGAAAGGACGAUUACGCUGAAGCUGGGACAAAGAAGGACAAUUCUAUCUUAGAAAUUCGAGAGACCUCUUUCCAAAUGAUCCCAAUUAACAGUGAACCUGUGUCUAAAGAGGAUUUUGUAAUACACACAAUAUUCCCACCCAAUGGAUUGAGUCUAUAUAAGAACAAUCAUAGUGAAAGUAGUGGCAGCAACAGGAGCUACAGAGACAGUGGCAUCCCAGACUCAGACCACUCGCACUCAUGAUAGCGAGCAAUGUCCCGCACUAUUGACUAUUAAUAUGAAUGUGACUUGAAGUACUGUUUGCUCAUUACACACUGGAUUGAAAUGGCUCUGUACAUUUGCCAUAUAAUUUAUAUUUAAGAACUUUUUAUGAAGCAUUUACAUUGGCAAGUGGCCACCUGCUCUCUAAGUACAAGUCUAUAUUUUAGAAAUUUGUAGUAAUUUGUACUGUAUUUUCUUUCCUUAAGGUUUCAAGACCAACUACAUUUUGUGUUCUAUUGAAAUAUGAUGAUUAUGACUUGUCAACUGUGAAAAAGUGUUUUUUUUAAUCUUACUGUGUUGAACAAUCAGACUUUUAAAAAUGACAUUUGGGAACCUUGUAGAAUAAGCACAGGUUAUUUUUCACUUUGCUGGUAUCAAAGUUCAAGCAUGAAGCUGCUCCUAGGAAGGGAUAAGGGACAAAAGAUAAUAACUUUGAAACUGAUGAUGAUCCCUGUUAUAGAAAAGCCAACUCUGAGCAGCAGCAUCAAUUUAGAACAGGAGCAAGGAAUACUUCCGAGUAGGAUUUAAUGGCAAGUGCAUACUACUUUACAUGGCACUGAAUAUGAACCACUGCCCGAAAUAAAUAAAUAAAUCUACAUUGCAAAAAGAACUAAGCUCCCCAGAUGCUGCCUACAGAGGUUAAGAUUUAUGUAGAGAAUAAUUUUAAGCACACAGACAAACACAAUGAGCAGCUUAGGAAAGCAGUGGGCAGGCAGGCUUAUUAAGGCAGAGGUGAAAAGCUUGAAAAACAAGGUGACGAGAAGACGCCAUUGCUAGCACAGUGUACAAUAUGCCAUCAUCCUCGUCUCCCACCAUUCACACAGUGUUAAAUGCGUAAAAAAAUUAAGAUAAAAUAUUACAUCCAAUUUAAAAAAAAAACAACAACAAAAUAUGUGUGUCUAGUUUUUAUUUCUGUUACUUUUUUUGGUUUUUUUUUUGUCCUUUUUUUAAAAAAAGAGAAAAAAGAAAAACGUUUUUCAUAAAACUGUGCCACUUUUUUGUUGCCACAAUUUUUAAGUUCAUUGUUCAUUACAAAUGAUAACCAAAGUGCACUAUAUGCCCUUUGGCCAGUCUUGUAUGUGCCUUGAUCCAAUGCUUAUUGUAUUUAGCUUUUUAAGAAAGUUAAACAGAAAAGAAAAAAAAACAUAUAAAAACAGUGACUUAACUUUUUUCAUACACACUUGAAUAUGAGAAAAUAUUGAUCAUAUUGCAAAAUAAAAGUGGAUAAAAACAGCAGUUGCA